AUGAACAAUUCGGAAUCUCCAUGGUUAAAUCUUCCUUCGACUCCAUCUCUUCCACAUCCCAAUCAAGGUCAUUUUCUUCAAUUAACUAAUCAUCGUCUUUGGUACAACAUCUAUGGCCAGUCAACCCAUUCUCCAGUUCUUUUUCUUCAUGGUGGAUUAGCAAAUAGUGACUAUUGGUCAUUACAAAUUCAAGAAUUACAAAUUGAUUUUCAAUGUAUUGUAAUGGAUUCACGUGGACAUGGCAGAAGUUCAUCAUUAUCAUCAUCAUCAGAGAGUAUUUCCUAUGAAUUGAUGACAUCAGAUGUGAUUGCUUUACUGGAUCAUCUUCAUCUCGAUAAAGUUCAUGUUAUUGGAUGGAGUGAUGGAGCAAAUGUUGGUCUUCAUUUAGGAAUGAAUUAUUCACAUCGAUUAUUUUCAUUAUUUAUAUUUGGUGCAAAUUAUAAAGCAGAAGUGGAAUAUAAAAAAUCUCAUUCAAAUGAAGAAUAUGAGAUUUUAUUUGACAAAUUAUUAACAAUGUGGCAUCAAAGUCCAAAUUGGACAAAAGUUGACUUGGAGAAAAUUCCAUCUGAUUUAUUAAUUUGGAUCGUAAGUGGUGAUCGAGAUGAAGUUAUUCCUCGAGAACAAACAGAGACUAUUUUCAAAUGGCUUCCUCAAUCAGGUCAAUUAACUUUACCUCGAACAAGUCAUUUUGCAUUUCUACAAGAUUCACAAAUGUUCAAUUUAGUUCUGAGAAAAUUUUUAAAUCAAAACCGAAAUUCAUCGACGAAUGGUUCGACUAUUUUAACUCGAUCAUUGAAUUUAUUGAGUUUCAUAUUUUUAUUUCGAUUAAUAUUUUAA